CACACGAGUCCUCGAGCCCAGGGCAAAGCGCAGAAACCUCAUCGGUUUGAUUGACACCUGAAAGCACCAAUAGAAAUCCGAGCUGCUCUCAGCCGGCGCUCUUUAAAAUCCCUCCCCGAACCUGGAGCUCAUAGAUGGCACCGCUGCGCGUCCGCAGGAGCACGAGAUUGGAAACACGCGCGCGCACACACACACACACACACACACACACACACACUCACACACACACUGAGACACUUUGGAUGGACUGAGAAAACUUGCAGAGACUGAAGGAAGUCCGGAAGUGGACACGAGGACAGGCAAAAGAAAAUAUUACCACCUGAGGGUUAACUUCUUGAGGUUCCAGGAUACUUUGCGCGUUUUGUUUGUUUCUCGGCUAAGAAACACACAGAGGCAUCACACGCCAUGCAGCACUACGGCGUGAACGGGUAUUCCCUCCACGCCAUGAACUCGCUGAGCGCCAUGUACAACCUCCAUCAGCAGGCGGCUCAACAGGCCCAGCACGCACCCGACUACCGGCCGUCGGUGCACGCGCUCACGCUCGCUGAGAGGCUGGCUGACAUUAUACUCGAGGCUCGUUACGGCUCUCAGCAUCGUAAGCAGCGGCGGAGUCGCACGGCCUUCACCGCGCAGCAGCUCGAGGCUCUGGAGAAAACCUUUCAGAAAACACACUACCCGGACGUGGUGAUGCGUGAACGUCUGGCCAUGUGCACCAACCUACCCGAGGCCCGAGUCCAGGUGUGGUUCAAGAACCGGCGGGCGAAGUUUCGUAAGAAGCAGCGCAGCCUGCAGAAGGAGCAGCUCCAGAAGCAGAAGGACGCCUCACCCGAAGGAACGUUAGGAGCGAGCGAUAAGAACGACACUCCCUCCACUGUAAACCUGGAGAACCCGCUUCCUCCUUCGUCCACGUCCUCUUCCUCUUCCGUCGAGGCCGAGGGGCCGUCGGAGCUGAGCGUGGAGCUAAACGUCACCUCCGCGGAGCAGUCAGGGAGCGAGUCGGCCACAGAGGACAACACAACCGACAGGGAAGAAGAGUUAAAGCUUCACCAGGACGACAUGAAGGUGGACAAAUCCGGGAGGCUUUCUCCUCCCUGUAAACGUCUCAGCCCCAAACCAGAUUCUCCCCUCGGCUCGCCGGCGAUCACAUCCGGGGCUAACGGCAUGACUGGAGGCAUCUCUCAGAGCCAUUCGUAUUCGUCGUCACCGCUGAGCCUCUUCCGCCUGCAGGAGCAGUUCCGCCAGCACAUGGCGGCUACUAACAGCUUGGUGCACUAUCCGUCGUUCGACAUGGCCGCCCCGUCCUCCUUGCCCUACCUGGGCAUGAACGUGAGUGUCCCGGCGCCGCUGGGUUCGCUGCCCUGCCAGUCGUAUUACCAGUCCCUGUCCCAGCACGCGCAGCAGGUCUGGAGCGGUCCUCUGCUGCAGGCCUCCGCCGCGCUGCCCGGCCACAACAGCAAGACGAGCAGCAUCGAGAACCUGCGGUUACGCGCCAAGCAACACGCCGCCUCGCUCGGCCUCGACACCAUGCCCAACUAAACACUGACUGCGACAAAACAGGACACGCUCGGCUGAACGAAAAUGAAAACCCCUAGCUGCCACCUGGACCCGCAGAGACGAUUCACAAAAUCUAUGUAAAGAAAUUUGGUGUAAUUUCUGAGCAACUUUUUUUUUUCUCUCCCCCUUUCAUUGUUGAUGCCGAAAUAUUUUUGUACUCAAGUUUUUCAGUGAAAAAAUCUUAUUUUGAAAUGGGAAAAAUGCAUUUACCCUAUUUUCCGGACUAGAAGUUGCACCUUAGUAUAAGACACACCCCUCUAAAUAAAGUCUCCUAAAAACGAUAACCUUAUAUAUAACAUUUCACAGGAUGCCGUAUGGAUGCCAUUUUACCUACACGUUUGUUUGAAGUUGUUUUAGAAAUAAGGCUAAUAGCACACUUUUAACACGCAUUGUGUCACUGUGGAUGUAAGCAAAAAAAAAAAAAAGUGCCUUAUAGUCCAGAAAAUACGGUAAAUGUAAUUCAUUUUCACUAGGUGUCACUAAACGUAUUACGAAAACGAAACACAA